AUGUGUGGCACAGGUGUAUCCGGUAUAACCAAACUCCAGAUUGACAUACCACCCCGCAAACAGUGGGAAAAUGGACAUGGAUAUUGCGGUGAAACAUCGAUACAAGCAAUCGUAUGUAUAUUUGUAGCACUUUAUUAUGGUUCAUGGAUAUCACAAAAUAUCAUACGUCAAAUAAAUGGUGGCGAAGUACUUAUUGGCAUUGGUAGCGACAAACGAACGUUAAAUACAUUAUUAUUCAAUUAUCUUGAAUGGAAUUAUAACAAAGAAAAACAACCCCAAUAUAAACAAUAUUGUGUAUGGUUAAAACAAAAUUUAAUUAAAAAAUAUCCGUGUAUUAUAACUGCUUAUCUAUAUGGUGAAAAGGAUGAGGAUUAUGAUCAUAUUAUGCCCGUAAUUGGAAUUGAUUAUCAGAGUAAGGAUGUAUACGAUGAUAACGAUGUUAUUUAUUUUCAUAAUUUAUUUCAAAAUCAAAUAACUCAGCGACGUUUGGAUACAAUGAUGAGUACGAGAAAGUCAUGUAAGAAAGAUGUAUUUGACGGAGGAUGUAUACCUAAAGAUGUAACAUAUGGCUUAGCCAUCACAGGUAUAAUAGAUAAUAGUCAUUCAACGCUACCGGUUCGAUUAUAUAUUAAUUCAUGGGAUGAACCCAAUGUAUCACUAGGGUCGAAGUCGAAAUUACUGCAAGGCACAGUUGUUGUGUCGAAUCUUAUACCAAACCAAAAAUACGUUCUAUUACGAUAUGACACAUACAAGACUGUUCCAACAUCUGGAAAUGAAAGUAAAUUUUUAAAUUCAAAAUAUGAUUAUAGAUAUGACUUUCAAGCAAAUGGUGAUACUUGGACAUUUAAUGACCCAAAUCAUUUUCCCUCGAACGGUUCUACAUAUUAUCGUUGUGUUAAAUUUGUUUGA